ACGUUGACAAAUGAUUGGUCACUUGUGUUGCGAUGUCAGCAGGGUUGCCAAGUUUGCGGUUUUAGUGCGGAAUUUGUCUGAUUUGUUUUAAACUCUUGCAGCGGGUUGAUUUUCUCCCCGCGGGUUAAUGGUUUGACAUAGUGCAUAAAUUGUAUUUGACUGAAAUUCUUGUAUUGAAACACUGUAUAUUCUACCAAUGAUAAUCCUGCGCGAGAUGUUACAUUAUGUGAAGGAGGGGCCUUUGAGUUCUGUUUAUGAUCGCUACGAGACUGUGUUUUUUCAGUUUGCAUAACAAUGACUGUAAAAUAUGUAUUUUAGGAAUAGGAAUUGCACUUUUUUAAGGUUUUAUAUUUGGGAUGUGGUGAUUGGGCUACUUUUGGUCGAGGAUUUGCCCAUAGGGACAUUUUGGUUUCGCAGACCUGGCAACCCAGGAAGGGAGUGUACACAGAGAGUCCUGCUUCAGCCCUUUUCUUUUUCUCUAAAAUAUUUCAGCUUCAAAGAUCAGCACGUCGCUUCUUCGACUGAUGGAAGUUAUGUAUUUAAGAAACUGAGUCUGUGGACAUAUAACGACAUUCAGAAUCACAAUCAUGAAUGCUGUAAAUGCUCUGCAGCUGUUCAUUCUGGUUUGGACCUUUACGGCUGUCUGUCAAGAUUAUGAUGAUAUCAUUGUAAGCUGUGAGAAUGUGACUGGAUUUGUGGGGAAAGAAGUAAUUCUCAACUGCAGCGUCUCUCUGCAGAACAUUGAAUGCUGCAUUGUGAGGUAUUUGUUUAAAUACCCUGAGAUCUUUAUUGACUCCACAAUCUGUCAAGAUGUUCCUGUGAACUCCUGUGAACAGAGAAACAGUUUCACAUGCCGCUACACUCCAACUACAGCAAUGAAAGAACAAUUCAGUUUCUUUGUGCAAACAAAUUGUGGAGUGGGAAAAACAAAAACAUUCACUGUUGUCGCAGUUUCCUCAAAACAUGUGAACCCAGAAAACCCAUCAGGAACCUCUCCACCAGAGACAGCAGCAGGAUUCAAGGAGACUGUCUUCACUGUGGUUGUGGUUGGUUUUUCAAUCAUCCUCAUCAUCAUGACGGCGAUCAUUUGCAAAACAAAACCAAACUUCACCAAACUUUGUAGAGGCCAGAACUGGAUGUUUUUGAGAGUCAGACAUGAUGAGGACAACAAUCGUCCAGGAAUUGAGAUAUUAUAGCAUCGAGUUUUGUUCAUUGUGACUUUUCGUGUGGUGCUCAUGAAACACACAAGCUUUAUUUGAACUCCAUUAAACUCUACACUAUCUUAUAUCUCAAACUACUAAAUAUAUAACUCUGGCUGUAGGUUUUUAAACAGUUGUUUCUGUUUUAUAUUGAUUUCUGUGAAAUACAGCAUAUUAUUGAUCUGUUUGAUCAGAGUAUAUGACUUUAAUAAACUCAAACCUUUGUAAACUUUAAGAGGAAACAGUGAAACUCAAA